AUGAAUCUAGUGAAUAAAUUUAUUCCAGAUACUGAGACAUCGCAGAUACAAGAAAAGGAUGAUUUACCAGAUAUAAUAUUACUUGGGAAAUCUUAUAAAGGAAAAGUUUCAUCUCUUGAGGAUGAUACCGAGAUAGUUGCUGCCCAACGAUUCUUUUCCUCUUUAUUUAUUAGACCUUCUCAAGAAAAUAUAACCUUCUUAAAUGAUCUCUCUUAUAAAUUACAUUUCACUUAUAGAACUAGAUUUCCCCCUAUCCAGAGAGCAGAUAAUGGACCAUCUCCACUGAAUUUCCAACGAUUUCUCCGAGAUAAUCCUUUGAAUUCGAUCGAAAAUGUAGUUUCGAACCCCGAUUGUUUCACAACUGAUAUAGGUUGGGGGUGUAUGAUAAGAACUGGCCAAAGUUUAGUGGGAAAUGCACUUCAAGAUGCUAACCUUGGAAGAAAUUAUAAUCACGGGAAAGAUACAAUCAGUGAUAGACAAUCAAAGAUACGUAAUAAAAUAAUAGGAUGGUUUGAGGACAAAACUGAGGCUCCAUUUUCCCUUCAUAAAUUUGUUCAAAAAGGCGUAGCAUAUAGUAAUAUGAAACCUGGUGAGUGGUUUGGCCCAGCUGCAACUUCUACUAGUAUUAAAAAUUUAAUUGAAGAGUUCCCAGAAUGCGGAAUCGAUGGUUGUGUUAUAUCCGUUUCUUCUGGUGAUAUAUUUGACGAUGAACUAUAUACAAUUUUCGAACAUAAGGAAAAUAGUAAGAUAUUAUUGCUACUAGGAGUGAAAUUGGGGAUAAACAAUAUCAAUAUGGGCUAUACAGAUGAUAUCUUUAAAUUGUUAAAUUCAAAAUAUUCGGUAGGAAUUGCAGGUGGUCGACCAUCAUCUUCAUUAUAUUUCUUUGGAUAUCAAGGAAACGAACUACUGUAUUUCGAUCCUCAUUAUCCGCAACCUUGCUUAGAAGAAUCGGUAUAUUCAACUUGCAAUUCCACAAACUAUGGAAGAUUAAAUAUUACAGAUAUUGAUCCUUCCAUGCUUAUUGGAAUAUUCUUAAAUGGCAAACAAGAUUGGGAAGAUUUUAGGUUACAAUGUGAUAAACUUCAAAUAAUUAAUGUUCAACAAAACCAUUACAGCGAUAUUGAGGGGAAAUUUGAUGAGUUUGAUAUUAGUAGUAUGGAAUCCCAUGAAUCAAACAAAGCCAACGAUUCACACAACAUUUCACGAAAUGAUUAUGUGGUUAUUGAACCUUUAGUCGAUGAACACAAUUGUAGCACAGUUCAGAGAGAUGAGCCGUUUGAAAAACUCAAUUACAAGACUCAGAAUAUAAUGGUUCUCCCGAAUAAAUAUAGCUCCAAAGAUACAUCAGACAUACCUUAUGACAUCGAACCAGUACUUGUUGAGAAUAAACCAACAAAUAUUCCUAAUAACUGA